CGUUACUUCCGCCCGGAGAGGUUGGUCCUUCAGACUCGGAAGUCGGAUUGUGUCUCUCUUCACUCGGAUUUCAGCUCCGCGGCUUCUCACAUUCUAUUCAUCUGAACAGUCGGACCCAGUUGAAAGGUACCGGGAAUAAGCGCACCGCGAUUUUACAGAAGAAAAACCACUUCGUGAGACAAAUCUCCUUGUUUGUUGCGUCUUAGCUCGUCGUUAACUUCCGGUGUUAGCUCGUUGCUAACUUGCGCUGUUAUCCCCGUGCUGUUUAUUAGCUCGUUGCUAGCCUGUGCUAACUGCUAACGCGGAGCUAGCGGAGGACUCCCCGGUCUGUUGAUGUUUCCGCCGUUUCACCGACAUGUUGCACGGAUCCCCGACCCGCGGCCGUGAGCCGCACAUCGGCAACCUGGAGAACAACAACCCGGUCUCCUCCUCCGGAGAUGGGGACUCUGUGCCCGCGAAGGCGAAGCUGCGGAAAGCGGGCCGGAAGCUGCGGACCGCGGCCCCGCUGCAGCACCACCACAAAGCCCCGAAGGGCGGCCCGGGCCUCCGCCUAUCAGACCACAACAACAACACCGUGAGCCCGGGCAGCGGCGCCCAGCUGCCCGCCGGGACGGCCGCCCUGCCCGGCCCGCAGCAUCUGAAGCCCGGGGCCAGGAAGAAGUUGAAAUCUAAAGGAAAGCGGCCGGAGCCGGGAGGUCAAACUGUUCACCCCUCGCCAAGACACAAGCAGACCGCCGCCCGGAAAGACAGACCCAAACCAAACCCGCCGCCGAAGAAAGAUGAUCCGCCCCCGGAGCCCAAGAGGCCGCUGCAGGCCUCCGACAACGUGGAGCCCGCCGAUGGCGAGAAGCCUUACGCCGGCGCCAAGUUCAGCGAGCCGCCGUCGCCCAGCGUGCUGCCCAAACCGCCCAGCCACUGGGUGGGCGAGGACGAGCCGCAGCGCCGCCAGCAGAUGAGCGUCCACCUCAAGUCGCUGCUGAAGGUCCAGGAAGUGUGCUGACCCGCCGGACGGCGGCGGCGGCGGUGGCUUCCCGGGUCGCCGUCCAGCUCACCGCUGGUCGGGCCAGACGCCAUGUUUGAGCUGUGACUUUUAAAGAGGACAGAUUCUGAUCCAGACAUCUAUUUUAACUGAGAUUCUAGUUUUGUUACGGAGGAUUUUUUCAACAUAAACAAAAAAAAAAGAAGAGAAAGAAUAAGAAUCCUGUAAACUGAAGCACUUUGUUCCAGAUAUUUCUGGUUCGCACUGGGAACAGGAAACAGUCGCCAAGCGAGACCACCAGAACCUGUACGGGGUGCCAAGACCUCUGAGGGACGCUGGGUGUCACUGAAACAGAAGAAGACAGUUUGCAGAACUGAAAGCAAGAUUUUGGGACUUUAUGGUUGAAAGUGGGCGUGGCCACCAAUCGAAUGUUUUUGGUGAAUUGGGAAUUCGUCGUUUUUGUUGUUUUUAAAUGGUUGCUGAAAGACGCCCUUGAAAAAAACAAUGAAGUUGUGGCCUCCGUGGCGUCCGAUCCUGAGGAGGGGUAGCAGCUACAAUCAUGAUGAUGCCUCCGCCGUGCCUCAGCGCGGGCACGACGCGGCGCUUCUUAUGUUUACAGCACUUGGUGUGGUCUCCUCAUGAAUUAGUCUGAGUUUCGGUCCUGGAACUGUGCCGAGGGAUCCAGGAUGGCGAACCAGGCUAACGCCGCCGACGAGGCUACCGCUGACAGGCAGCUGCCACACAACGCCAGUCACCUUUCUUUCUUUCUUUUUUUUUCUUUUUUCUUUUUAUAGUUGAGGAACCUAUCGGCAGCUUCUCACAGGUAGAUGUGAGCCCAAUCAGAUGCAGGGAGCGGCGCUUCUGAAGCCCGCCACUUCCUGUUAGUCCAAAUUCAUUCUGACCGAAUUCGACAAAUCUCCUCUGCAUUAGUCUGACAUUCGUGUUAGCUUCAAUGCUAACUCCCAAACCAGAAUCUCGAAUCUGGGGGCUCCAAAUGAAAAAUGCUUCACACUCCGUCAGUGUUUUUUUUUUUUGGUUUUGUUUUGUUUUAACUGAUGUGACCAAACUCAAUAUUUAGAAGCUAAUGUUAGCUUCAGUGCUAACUCCAGUUCAGAGCACGUUCCACUUCUCGAGUGUGAAGACACCUGAAGACUUCCUGCAGAAGAACCAUUGCAAUCAGUUGUCAUGUUCUUCUUCUUAGGUUUUUAAUGGACAAGAAAAAACAAAUCCAGCUAAUGACAGGAAGCUGUGAUAAACAAUGAGGAAAGAUGUGAUUUCUUCUGUCAGAAGAACCAUUUUCCCAAGAAAGAAAGCCAAAAUGAGAAGAUUGCAUUUCCAAGAAUCAGGUUUGAAAGUGUUUUCUGUCUGUAAUUGAUUUGUUUGCACGAUUUCAGGACAUUUUGAUUAAAACUAGCUAACUGGUGAUGCCAACGAGCUCAAAAACCAGCUAGCCAGCGAUGCUACGAGGCUCAAAACCAACUAACCAGCAAUGGUAAUGAGCUCAAAACUAGCUAACCAGCAGCACUAAUGAGCGUAAAGCUAGCUAGCCAGCGAUGCUAAUGAGAUUAAUUCAGUGUUACUGUUUUGGUGUUUUGUUUUCUCGUUUUGCCUCCAGUGUGUAAAAUACUUUUCCAUGAGUCAUUCCCAGUUUACGGAGGUUUCAACAGAACAGCUGAAUCUUUUUCAUUGUUGGUUUUAACUUUAUCUCCUGUUCACUGCCUGUUCACUGAAUUUGUGUGGAAAUCUUGGUGUUUUCCGGACCCGUCAAGACGUUUCGGCAGCUGUUCUCAUUGGGAAACGCUCACGUUAGCAACAGGAAACAGCUCGAAAAUGUUUGUUUUUUCUUUAUCUGAAUGUAAGUGGUGUUUUAAGUUGGUUCUCUUGUUGAAUUGAAUGUUUCAUGUUCACUCCUCCCAGCGUUGGCUUCUUUUGCACGUUUUGUUUCUGAAGUCAGCGGAUGGUUGUUUUUUUUUUUCUUUCUUUCUCCUAAUCAAUUUCAAGUUUUGUUCCAGUCACCACAGUUUGCUCAGAAUCUCGUGCUGCAGCCUGGAAGUUGUUUGGAUUAGAAUU